AUGAGAUUCAACAGGUUCAUCGACCGCGGCCGGGAGUUGGCCGCGGAGAAGCCGGGUGAUGUGAAAAUGCAGGAUGAGAUGACGGUCGGUGAUGAGGGCGUCAAGGUCUGGGGCCGUGAUACAGACCGAAUUGGGACUCGCUGGGGCGGAAUUGGGAAGCUGGAUCCUUCAAAGCCACGAACUGGGGGUUUCAGGUCGGGAGCGAGUCAGCCUGAGCGAGUUGCGGACGAAAACGCCGAGACCCGAAGAGAAGAGACACGAGAAGGGAAAACAGCCCGAAGUACUCGACUGCGAGUACGAACGGUCGCACUGAAGCAGCUGAGCAACGGGUUUCCAGGGUUGGGAGGGAGGAGGAAGGGGGUUAGGGAAGGGAAGAAGAGAAGGGGAGAAGUUGAGAAGGGAGCGGAGAGUAUUGGGUGCGUAUUUGGUACCCGCUGCCUGCUGGGGGAAGCCCGGACUGGCGGUCGCGAAUCGUAA